AAUGUCGAGAUCGACCGAAUCCAGAAGUUGAUGACCGACAUACUGGAAUUGGAAUCCAGGCGUUGCAAUCGCGGCAAUGUACUCGAACCAGGCUGGUGUCCCGAGAUUUGGGACGAGAUACUGUGCUGGAACUCGACGGCGCCUGGGCAACUGGCCGUUCAGCAGUGUCCCUCUUACAUCGGGGGUUUCGACGCUGACGCGUUCGCCUCGAGGCAAUGCAUGCCGAACGGCGAGUGGUACUGGAAUGUCAAAACCGACAGCAUGUGGACCAACUAUACCCAGUGCUAUCCGGAGUCGCUCACCUUCCUGAUGAACAUAUCGGACGUGCAGACGAACAACGUCACUCUCAUUAAGAAAUUCUUCCCGAUCGUGAAGAUCAUCUCGAAACUCGGCUACACAAUCUCGCUGUUCACUCUCAUCGUCGCGUUUUGCAUUUUGGCCACCAUCAAUUUCUCUCCCGUCGGACGUAGGAAAUUGCGAUGCCCGCGGAAUAUAUUGCACAUGCACCUGUUCGUCUCGUUCGUGAUGCGUGCGUUCAUGGCGCUACUCAAGGACAUGCUCUUCGUGUCCGGCAUCGGCCUGGCGGAGGCCGUGAUCAAAGUCAACGACGGUUACUGGCUGCUCGACGGGCAGCAGAAGGAAAGCAAUUGGCAGUGCAAAACGUUUACCAGUCUCUGGCAGUACUUCAUCCUGGCGAAUUACUCCUGGAUUUUGAUGGAGGGCAUAUAUCUGCACAAUCUGGUCUUCCUGGCGCUCUUCACCGAUGCCAAUUCCAGCAUCGUGGGCUACGUCCUUUUCGGAUGGGGUUUGCCAGCCGUAUUUAUCUUACCUUGGGUAGUUACGAGGAUCAUAUUCCAGGAUACGUAUUGCUGGACGACCAACGAGAAGCCUCUCUUGUUCCUCUUCAUACGGGUGCCCACGAUGCUCUCUAUUUUGAUAAAUUUCGUGCUCUUCAUCAACAUCGUGAGAGUGCUGCUGGUGAAACUCAAGUCCACCAUGUCGGAGGAAACGGAAAGAUACAAGCGAUGGGCUAGAAGCACGUUGGUCCUGGUGCCGCUUUUUGGGGUUCACUACGCGUUCUUCAUCGGGAUGUCAUACAGCAUCGGCGUGAACGAGACCGUGGAGGUCGUGUGGCUCUUCUGCGACCAGCUGUUCGCGUCUUUCCAGGGUUUCUUCGUCGCGGUGCUGUACUGCUUCCUGAACGGUGAGGUGAGAGCCGAGGUGUCGAGGACGCUUCGCGGCGUCAAGUGGACGCGCUUACGCGGGAUUCGAUGGGGCCCGAGGGCGUCGACGCACUCGGUCAGCACGUGCAGCUGCAACAACGUCGCGAAAUCCGGCGGUCGACACUCGAGGAGGCCCAGGUGGUGGAAGUCGCGCUGGAAGACACCCGCCUGCCUCUACCAGGAUCGCACCAUACGUCGGUCUACCCACUCGAUGGCGAGUACACAAGAUGUUGGAACGAGAGGAGGUAGUUUAGCGAGCAGCCGGGGCUACCUGGAGAUCGCCGGUAACGGCCAGCCGCCGGCGCGGCUGGCGACGCAGGAUCAUCACGCUCAUCAUACGUCGCCGCUGUGCAGCAAGUAUACGGAUCAAUCGCUGCUCUCCUUUUGCUCGAUGUCGGAUACGUCGGGACCGAAUGCUGACCGGAUCCGCGAUCAGCAUCGCUGGAGCGACUCCGAGUGCUGUCACCUCGCAUACGAGUUGCACAAUCUGCAGCAGCAUCGCGGACCCCCGUGAUAACCGCAUUUCACGACGGGAAAUAAAAAAAAAAGACGCGUGUCGCCUGGUCUCAUAAACGUUCAAACGAAACGCGUUUAAACGAAAAACACGCGUGCCGUCCGCCAAAAAGGAACUGGAGGCUGGAAUUGGAGAGGCUUUUUUUUUAUAAAUCCUGCUAUAAAUUCUCGAAAGAGUAAGGAGAGAUAGAAAACAAUGGAAAAAAAGGCCUCUUUUUCUUCGCGCGUUUUGUUCCUCUGGUCGCGUCUUAGCCAUAAAACGGAGAGACUGAGUAUUUUUCUUUUAGCUGUAUUGUCUUUUUACAGGGAUAUACCUAUAUACAUACCGUAUAUAAUUCGCGCAGCUGUACGUGUCGUAGAUUUUAAUUCGUGCGAGUUUAUGUGUGUAUGGUGAUGUACAGACAACGUUCGAUAUUUUAGUAAGUACUUUUACGAGAUUCAUCGGAAAACGUGGAACUUCGAGUGCGAAGUGUCGAAACGUGUACCUCGAUGUGUUUCGAAAUACGACACGCUGUCCGCCACUUCACACCUGGGUCCGGUUCCGCCCUGCUUGAAAUAUCCGAUAGAUAUGAUGAAAGUAGAUUUAAACUUUAUUGAGAUACCUUGAAAAUUUUCAGCUCAAUAUAUAAUAAUAAAUUAAUUAGAGAUAAAGGGCUAUGAGCCAAAGCAGGGUGUUGUAUGCUCCAAUUAAAAGUAAAUCAUUUAUUAAAUUAUAGUAGACAGACGUUUCGAUCCAAAUAGGAUCAUUUUCAAUGUUAAAACGCAAAAUUACUAAUGCAUAGCCUUAAAAACAAUAUUCAGUCAUCAUAACGGCCUAACUAUACAAAAAUUUAUUUAAAAAAAUACAAACAUAAACGUUCGUUUGGCUCAUAGCUCUUUAUCUCUAAUUAAUUUAUUGAGAUUUUACCUAAUUUUAUAGUAAACUUAUAUCGUUUCAAUCGGAUCCACGUUUUUUACUACUAUAGAGAAGUUUCUAUUUCUAUCGUCUUUUAAAUAGUACAUCUUACUUAAAAACUAAAUACAAAUCUGCACGCAAAAAAAAUGACUCAGCAUUAUCAGCUAACUAUCAGUUGUUAGUUCAAACUUUGCUGCAUGGAAAGAACAAUUUUGCUGAAUCCAGAUCUGAAAAUAAUUUUUGUUCAAU